ACUGCGGUAGCGCGCUCUCUCUCCCGCUCUCUCUCUCUCUGUCCCGCUCUCUCUGUCCCGUCAUUAACAGUCACGUGAGGAGAGAGCGUAGGAGGAAGAGGAGAGACGCAGAGAGAGCGAGAGAGAGAGAGAGCGAGGGAGAGAAGAAGAGAGCGAGAGAGGAGAGAGAGAGCGAGGAAGAUGGCGCCCCAGCGAGGACUCAAGGCGGUGGUGGGAGAGAAGAUCAUGACCGAGGUGAUUAAGAAGGUGAAGAAGCGAGGAGAAUGGAAGGUGCUCGUGGUCGACCACUUGAGCAUGCGAAUGCUGUCGGCCUGCUGCCGCAUGACGGACAUCAUGAGCGAGGGCAUCACGAUCGUGGAGGAUCUGCACAAGGUGAGGGAGACGCUGCCCACUCUGGAGGCUGUCUACCUCAUCACGCCCACCGAAAAGUCCGUGUCGGUGCUCAUCGACGACUUCAUGGACGCCAUGAACUACCGCUACCGCGCAGCGCACGUGUUCUUCACUGAUGCGUGCCCUGACGCGCUGUUCAACAAGCUGGUCAAGUCCAAGUGCUCCAAGGCCGUGAAGACGCUGCAGGAGAUCAACAUCGCCUUCCUGCCCUACGAGUCGCAGGUGUUCCUGCUGGACUUUGUGGAGGCGACGCAGGUGGUGUACAGUCCGCACCGCGCCAGCGAGCGCAACCGCGCCAUGGAGCGCAUGGCGGAGCAGAUCGCCACACUGUGCACCACCCUCAAGGAGUACCCAGCCGUCCGCUACCGCGGGGAGUUCCCCCCCAAUGGGCUGCUCGCUCAGCUGGUUCAGGACAAACUCAACGCCUACAAGGCCGACGACCCCACCAUGGGCGAGGGCCCGGACAAGGCUCGCUCGCAGCUGCUGAUCGUGGACCGCGGUGUGGACCUGGUGUCGCCGCUGGUGCACGAGCUGACCUUCCAGGCCAUGGCCUACGACCUGCUGCCCGUCGAGAACGACGUCUACAAGUACGAGACGACGGGGCAGGGAGAGACGAAGACCAAGGAGGUUCCCCUGGACGAGGACGAUGAGCUGUGGGCGUCACUCCGACACAAACACAUCGCAGAAGUGUCGCAGGAGGUGACUCGCUCACUGAAGGAGUUUUCCACCAACAAGAAGAUGGCUUCAUCCGGAGAAAAGACCACGAUACGCGACCUGUCUCAGAUGCUCAAGAAGAUGCCACAGUACCAGAAGGAGCUGAGCAAGUACUCGACGCACCUGCACCUGGCCGAGGACUGCAUGCGCAUGUACCAGGAGGGUGCCGACAAGCUGUGCCGCGUGGAGCAGGACCUGGCGACGGGGCUGGACGCGGAGGGGGAGAAGGUGAAGGAUCCGAUGCGCAUCACCGUGCCCAUCCUGCUGGACGAGAACGUCAGCACCCUGGACAAGAUUCGCGUCAUCUGCCUCUACGUGCUGCUCAAGAACGGGAUCACCGACGAGAACCUGCAGAGGUUGAUCGACCACGCCAAGAUCCCCUCGGAGGAUGCCGACAUCAUCACCGCCUUGGCGCACUACGGCGUGCCCGUCAUCGCCGAGACGUCCGCGCGCCGCAAGAAGCAGCCGGACCGCAAGGAGCGCGUGGGCGAGAAGACGUACCAGCUGUCUCGCUGGGUGCCCGUCAUCAAGGACAUCAUGGAGGACGCCAUCGACGACAAGCUGGACGUGAAGCUGUGGCCCUACAUCUCUACGCGACCUAUGACCUCGGGCGGCUCCGGGGCCGUCAGCUCGCGCUACGGCCACUGGCACGAGUCACGUGGUGCCUCUGAGUACCGCAGCGGCCCUCGCCUCAUCGUCUUCUUUGUGGGCGGCGUGGGGCUCAGCGAGACGCGGAGCGCCUUCGAGGUGUCCCAGGGCGGCACCAAGUGGGAGGUCAUCGUCGGCUCCACUCACCUGCUGACUCCACAGAGGUUCCUCUCCGAUCUCCGCCACCCGGACUUCCGCCAGGGGUCGCGCGUCUCCUUCGGCGGGGCCGGAGCCCCCGACAGCUGAAGCCCCCACCCA